AUGAGUUUGAGAGAGAUGGAAAUAUACGUUCGAUAUAUUUGCACUCAUGGCCUAGUUACAAAACCCAACGCAAAACGCUGCCAUGAGAGUCCACCGUUACCUUUCGGACUUAUUGUAGAAGCUCCAUUAGGCCUUCAACUCUGCUUCCAACAACGGUCACAUGGGUCGACUUCUACUUCGAGGGGAAGUGAGGUAUUUCAAUUCGGAAUGAUGAAUCCGGCCGGUGCUGCCCCUUUGGAUGAGGCACACGUUGACAAUUGUCGAAGCAUUAAACUUCCUACUUUUUUUCGUUCUGACCCGAAUCUUUGGUUUAUGCAAAUCGAACUGAUGUUCGACUGCAAUCGCAUUAGAAGCGAACGCCAAAGAGCUGGACACAUUGUUUCAGUAUUAGAUUACGAAAUUGUUCAAACAAUUAGUGAUUUGUUAAGCGCGAAUCCUCCAUUGGAAAGACUUUAUACUAGUAUUAAAGAACGGAUAAUUACCAAUUUUUCUGUUUCCCCCGAAAAAGAAUUGCGUUCAAUUCUUCGUGGUGAGAUCCUCACUGACGGUAAACCGUCCCUGAUCCUGAGUAAGAUUCGACAUUUAAGUCGCGGCCGAUGUUCCGAAGAAAUUAUUAAAGCAGUCUUUUUAGAUCAUUUACCGGAAAAUUGUCGGGCAAUAUUAGCCUUAUCAGAAGUCGAGGACGUUAGACGGUUAGCACAGGUUGCUGAUAAAAUCAUGGCAAACACAUCUUCCACAGAAAGCACGGUUAGCGCAGUUUCCACGGAAAGCGAAGUUUUGAAAAAGAUUGACGCUCUUACCAAGAGAAUCGACGAAAUAUCGUUUAAAUCCCAACCUCGAAGAGAUUCGCGAUCGAGAUCGUUUUCCAAAAAUCGAGAUAAAUCGAGAAAUCGUUCUGGACAUUCGCGUGAUAAAUCGCGUGACCAAUCGCGAGACAAACGUCAUGAUGGAUCGGACAUUUCUCUUCUCCCUGCCGAUGGUAGAUCCAAGAGAAGGCCAGCCGAUUAUGUGCUUUAUGCAGCGAAUAAUUCGCUAAUAAACACAUACGGCGAACGCCGACUUUCAUUGAAUCUAGGACUUAGACGUCCAUUAAAGUGGAAUUUUUGUGUAGCAUCGGUGCCCUAUGCCAUCAUAGGAGCCGAUCUACUAGCCCACUAUGGACUAAAUGCCGAUCUUCGUAAUCGUAGGCUCAUCGAUACUCAAACGGGUUUAGGUUCGAUAUGCGUUCUUGGUUUGGAUUCGUUAAAUGGUAUUAGUACUGUUAACAAAUCGAAAUCGUAUGCAAAACUUCUAGCGGAAUUUCCUAGCAUUACCGGUUUGGAACAAAGUUCUGGUGUUGCAGCACGCGGUGUUUUUCAUCAAAUUGAAACCACAGGUUUCCCGGUAUCUGAACGUCCCCGUCGUUUAUCAUCUGACAAAUUAGUUUUUGCAAAAAAGAAAUUUAUGAGUUGGAUGGAUGAGGGUAAAUGUAGACCAGCCAAGGACCAAUGGGCAUCACCUUUACAUAUGGCCCCUACAAAAGACGGAGGUUAUAGGCCAUGUGGUGACUACCGUAGGGUCAACGCGCAGACUAUCCCCGAUAGCUAUCCAGUGCCUUAUUUGCAAGAUUUUACCUCGAAUCUCCACGGGAGGACUAUUUUUUCUAAACUCGAUCUGCACGCGGCAUACAACCAGAUCCCAGUUGCGCCUGAAGAUAUCCCAAAAACGGCGAUAACAACACCUUUUGGUUCGUUUGAGUUUCUCGUUAUGACUUUCGGUCUCAGAAACGCGGCUUAG